ACCUCCAGCUGCCACCUGAAGCGAAGCAUCACAUCAUCCUCCUCACGAAAUACAGCACCUCACACGUCAACACCUAUUCAAAAGCACACAAAGGGGAUCUCGCGAAACAAACUAUAAUGUGAAAAAAGCGAGAGACAUACAGAACGUAUUAAGACGCGAGAGCGCGCGCGCGCGCCCACCGAGCCUCCUCAUUGUGAUUGUGAGUGAAGAGAGGCGGGUUCAUAUGGAGGGCCGCUGCUCAGCUCUGCAGCCACUGCAGCGUCUCCCGCUGCCUGCUCUUCCUCCGCGCGCGUCUCCGCGAGCGCUGUGAUGUGAAUAUUAAUGAUGCUGCGCGAAUCUCCGCGCUCAUUUUCACCGCUUUCACCUUUUUGAGAGAACUGCUCCUACUAGUUUGUUGAAGGUCUUGAGAGAGGCGUUUGUCACUGUCAUGUGAGUCUAACUCUGCGUUUUUUUAAACUGUUUUAAGACGGGAGGUUUAAAGAACAGCAUGGCAGAGUCCCCUGUUGAAGAGGACACACCAAAAGAGCAAGAGAGUGCCACCCAUGAUCCCCUGCCGUGGGCUGGGGCUGCUCUAGGGGGGAGAAUAUUGAAAGCAUGUGUUACGGCUGGUGCUUUUCUCCUGCUGUACACACUUUCUCAAAUCACAGGUUUGUGGGUUAUUUACAUGCUGAAUGGCUACAGGGCUUUUCCAGCAGCACACAAAGUUUUGGAUCUUCUGCAGUAUCUUCUCUCCACCAGUGAUACCUGUGAUCAACAGAUGGAGAUUUGGAGGGUGGAGAGUUUGUUGCCCCUCAUAGCCACACUCUUCUUAGGUGUAGUCAUCCUCGGCACUGGAACUCUGUUCUGCAUUAAAACCCUUGUGCCUGGCAACACCACUUGCUUCCCUGAUGAUCGUCGUCAGUCCAUGAGCAGGCAACCUUCCUUUACAUAUUCGGAAUGGACAGAUGCCAGACAGGAGAAUUUCUACGAGCUAGAUCCUGUUCCUGAGACUCCUGUUUUCGACUGUUUUAUGGACAUGAAGACUGAGGCUGACCCUGCCACUCUCACUGUUAAGCCUGUGGGCUUGCAGGAAAGGAGGGGUUCAAAUGUGUCGCUGACUCUGGACAUGUGCACCCCUGGCACUACAGAGCCCUAUGGAUCCCUGCUGUCCCCCAGAGAACAGAGCACAAAGGAAUAUCUGCAGAAUGCAUCCAACCUACUAACACCUGAACAGCUACACACACGAGCUCUGGACGAUGCCGUACUGCAUGCUGAGUUUUAUGAAACGCCUAUGAACUUUGUGGACCCGAAGGAAUAUAGCAUUCCCGGCGUGGUGAGAAAGAAUCGCUACAAAACCAUACUACCAAACACACAUAGCAGAGUUUGCUUAAAAGCAAAAGAGGAGGAUGAUUUUCUAAGUACCUACAUCAAUGCUAAUUAUUUGAAGGGCUAUGGAGGGAAAGAGAAAGCAUAUAUCGCCACACAGGGUCCCACUGUAAACACAGUGGGGGAUUUUUGGAGAAUGGUUUGGCAGGAGCGCUGUCCCAUUAUCGUCAUGAUCACCAACAUCGAAGAGAAAAAUGAGAAAUGCACAGAAUACUGGCCAGAGGACAAUGCAGUCUGGGAGGGUAUCGAGAUCACUGUCAAACAGGUCAUCCAAGCAGAUGACUACAGUCUAAGGAUUUUCACUGUGAAGAGUGAGGGUGAGGAGCGCACUAUCAGACAGUACUGGUACACAUCCUGGCCAGAUCAAAAAACUCCAGAUAAAGCCCCACCUCUGCUAGAAUUGGUUCAGGAAGUAGAGGAAGCGAGGAAUCAAUCUCCAUCCAAUAGUGGCCCUGUCAUUGUGCACUGCAGUGCCGGGAUUGGACGCACUGGCUGUUUCAUUGCUACCUCCAUCUUGUGCCAGCAGCUAAGCAAUGAAGGGGUGGUUGACAUUCUGAAGACCACCUGCCAGCUACGCCUGGACAGAGGUGGGAUGAUUCAGACAGCGGAGCAGUAUCAGUUUGUUCAUCAUGUACUCAGCCUGUAUGAACGACAGCUUCAGAAGACCUCAGAAGAGUAAAGCCUCCAUGAGUGCACAACCUUCACACUUCUCCUUGACCUUCAUCUGAACAUGGGGCAGGGACUGACAUUCAGUACUUCAGAUCUCAUGUUUUUAUAUACAACCGACGUUUAGGCUGAACUAUCCUUUCGGAGCAAGGCCAAUAUUAGACUUUACCCUACCCACAAUACCCCCUGCUCGCCCCAUGCCUCAUCAAAACACAAAAUAUACUUGAUUUAUUUAUUAUAAUUAAAGUAACACUAAUGGUUAUUUAUGAAAUACACAAAUACUGCCCUAACAACAUAAUAAUGCUCAGCAGAUCAUUUACAGUAUGCUCAAACACAACAAUGUUUCUACUCGUGUAAUGGUACAGUACAAACACAAUAACAAGUGGACACCAAGGCCUCCAUUUGUCUGAGAUUAUAUAAAUGUAACAUUAGAUUUAGUGACCUCUGAGCCUAAAGUACAGCAAUUUUCCUUUUACUUCUAAGACGUUUUUACAGGAUUUAUAACUUAAUGUAUCUUGAAGAUUUGUUGUAAUGUCUGGGUGUGUCUGUGUGUGUGUGUGUGUGUGUACAAAUAUGUUGAAAGAUCAACCCGAUCAAUCAGUAUGUAUGCUUGUAUGUCCGAGCGUGUCUGUGUAUACUGGAGACGGCAUAAAGGCGAGAAAAUGUUCACUAUGUGCUACUGUAUGAUGAUUAUCAGACUUACUCCGGAUGUGUGGUUGGUCUCUAGGGAGAGGUUAUCCUACCACAUUUAAUACAAAUGGCCUUAAUAUGUGUCUUUCUGUCCUGAUUGGGGUCCAUAUGGUUGUUUAGAGAUGUUGUCGAGCAGAUCUGAAGGCAGUGUGGUGUUGCAGCCUGUCGUAGUCUCAUUAGGUCCGAUUAGGAGCGAGACUGAUCCCAGUACAGAUCGACGUGCGCUUUUCCAGCGUACCUUUGCCUUCUUGCGUGUUGUUGGAUGCUGUAACCUGUAAAACGUAUUAGUUGGACUCUUAAAAGCAUCGAUGCUGCACCUCAAGGUAUUAUGUACAGAAAUGCCGAAACACUGUAUCCGACUAAUGUUCAAUUUGUAAAUCAUAGCUUGUAAUGAUAGCAGAAAUCACGACAAUGGGACAUAUAUAGUUGUGAUGUUUUUGCCCUGGACGUCCAGGUUACUGUGACUCAUUAUUACAAAUUCUUUUAUUAGCUUGUUUUGCUCUGGUUAUAACAUUGUUUAUAUGUGGGUCUGCGUUUCUGAUUCGUUGAGAUGUAUAAUAAUCAGUAUUUGCCCAGCUCGUACAGCUUUGCUGAGACUUGCAGUUUGCAUGAGCAAGUACAUUUUGAACUUCUUUUUAAUUAUUAGCAAGACAAUUUUGAAAUGAUAAGCAGACGUUAGUGUGUGAUCAUGUGCAAUAGCUUCUGCGUCUCUGAGAAUCUUCAGUCAAUGACCUCAUAUGAUCCAGCUGGACAUACAACACUGGAACUGUAAUGCAAGUAUCCUCCAACUUACUUUAAACAGUACUGCUAUAACACUUUUCUGACUAGUCCUGUGUUUUAAACCAGAUGGUUUCUUUCAGGCAGCUCUGAGCUGAAAGUAGCUACACUAGAGAUUGUACUGGUAUUUAAAUGUUGCUAGUUCAAGGCUUUGAAAUGGUUUUGCCAGAAAUGAGAAUGUCUUCAAUUGACUUUCAUUCACACGCUUUAAUUGCUGCUGUUAUCAUCUGCUGUCUUUUUAUUAUAGCAGAACUGCUGUUGUGUUUCGUUGAUACUGAGCAUUUGAAUUGUAUUAUUUGAAAUAUUAGUCUUAUUUAUUGAAAAAGUUUUGUCUCUGUGUUUCUGUGCUGUUAUUACACUGCCAAAGACUGUAGUGAUUGGUCCAUACGGCAAAACAUUUUUAAAAUCCUAUUUCUAUAUUUUAAAGCAUUGAAACCGUAGCGAGUUUUAGGAUCAACAUGUGGAAUUAUAACAGUACAUAUAUGAAACCAGCUUAUAUAUUUGGAUCUUAUUUUGGAGUCCCACUGUAAAUCAUAAUUCAAGAUUGUCUUAUAUUUUAUUCCAUCUAGUAUUUUGUUUAAUCGUUUGUUUAACCUAAAUAAAGAAAAAAGGUUUUAUCAAUUUACAGGAAUGUAAAUACAACAUUGACAGCAUUUGUGGCAUAAUGUUGAUUACCACUGAAAUAUUUUGGUAACACUUUACAAUAUUUGUUAACAUUAGCAAAUGUUUUAGCUAACAUGAACUAACAAUGAGCAUUGUAGUUUAUCAGCAUUUAUUAAUCUCUUUAUUAAUGCCAAUACAGUUGUUCAUGUUAGUUCACUGUGGUUAACAGUUACACAUUUAAAAAAAAAACAAUAUUAGUAAAUGCUGUAGAAAUAUUGUUUUUUGUUAGUUCAUGUUAGCUAAUGCAUUUACUGAUGUUUACAACCUUUAUAUUGAAUAUUUUGGGCAGGUAAAAAUAUUUAAAGUUUAGCUUAGGCAAAAUCACUUAAUGGCCCUGUCUGUGAGAAGUUAUAUAAUGAUGGCUGGUAAAAUGCCAGAUAUAUUUGCAAACUCAUAGUUGUGGUGGUAACAGACACACAAAAAAAAAAGGUUUUCACACCUCAAAACCAAUGAUUCAGACAACAAUUCAAAUACAAAAUAAUUUAGCAAUUUAUGUAAGUGCUUUAGCAAAGACAGAGGCUUUACAGUUCUGAUUUAAAAUAUCGGCCUGGUUUACUUGAAACGUGUACAGUGUGUAUAGUAACCAAAAUGUUAUUCUGUGGUAAUCAACACAAAGCAUAAAUCUCUUACAUUUACAACCAUUUCUGUGCAUAUGUUACACUGUUUGUCACCCUUAUAGACCUUUUACAGGUUUUGUACUGUCUGCUAGAAUAAUCUUAAAAAAGAUUUACAAAUAUUCAAGGUCUAUACUGUUUAAUUUCAGUAGUCAAACAUAAAUUAUUUCACACUUAAGAAAGUCUAAUCAAAAACACAUUUUGAAUGAAUAAAUAUAUAUAUACCAGGCCCUGAGUAAUCACCAAGGGGCACAAAAAUAACAUAGAAAUCCUCAUUAUAGAUGUAAAAAUGUAUUCUUUAGGCAUCCCGUGAUUACAUGCAGCAAUAAAUCAUGGCCAGAUAAAAGUAUUUGAUCAAGUUCAGUGUGUCAGCUCAACAAUAGGUUUAAUCAGUGAAUCAAAGAAUACCUUUAAUCAGUGUUGUAGUUGAUAGGUUGUAGCAUAGGGCAAGUAUUGCAGUUAAGGGGCUUGCAGUUUCAUUUCCUUCCCCCAGCUCACUGCCCACUCACUCUCACAGUUAGACCCCGUUUCCUACAGGACACUCCAUCUGUUGGGGUGUCUGUGUUGCCAGAGAAGAGUAACAGACAAAUAGGCACCAGCAAAUAAGUAUAUCAUUAUAUCAUACAAACACAAAUUAGAUCUUGGGCCAACCCAGCUUGGAUUAUAUCCACAUAACAGUAUUUAGAAUAAUCUGGAGGAUGCUCUUUUAUGUUGAAAUGUAUUUUAAUUGAAUCAUUGUGAACUACUCACUACCAGCAUAGUAUGUCUUUAUGCACUAUUGUACAAAGCUAAAACAAGCACAAAGAUGAAAUACUGAUUUUUGAAUGUGAAUGCAGAGGCUUGUGCCUCGGCUGUCUUAAUCUCUGAAAUAUUUCAAUGCCACCUGAGUAUUUGACCUUUUGCUUCUUCAUUUCACCUGAACUUUUCACAGUUUUGUUUAUGCGUUUAGCAGUGUUUCAAUAUUGCUUAUUUAUUGUCCGUGAUUUUGGUUAAAAUGUUUGGCAAUGACCCCUUAGUCUAAAAAAAAAGAAAAGGAAAAAAACAAUUUUAAACCUGUUCUAUAGUGAAAUAGAUGUAGUUUGAAAAAUUAAAUUUGCCUCAUUGCGUUCGUAUCGUUCCUCUGCUGUUAAAAUCCAAAUAGAAUGUAACAUGAAUAAGUUUACAAUAUCAUGGCUUGUAUUAUUGGUAUAUGCUUUAAUUUUUAAAUAAAAAAUUCCUUCUGUUAAUCAGGAAAAUGAGGUGAUUAGAGUUUGAUUGACAUACAGAUGUGAUAUUCAUAAAAGUGCAGUGUUGCAUUUGCAGGGUUGCAUUUCAUUGAAGGAACACGCCCACAUUUUGGGAAUUUAGCUUAUUCACUGUAUCC